AGUGUAUUGAUAUUUUGUCUUUGAGGUUAGAAACUCGAGUUCGCUGUAAAAAGUGGGAAUUUCCAACAAAUUUCGUGAUAAAGAUUAUCGAGAUACGAGCCCAAUAAAGUCAUCCGCAAAUCCCCAAGUCGUUCCCGUUACCGAGAAAGUGGAAAACAGUAGAUAACUGCGUUCAGAUCCACGAAACGACUGAUCGAAGACGAGGCUGAAUCCACGCGGAAGCGGAUUCUGGAUUGUUCUCCUCUUUUGCUAAAAGAGUCCUCCUUCAAGAUCCGGAGAACCAAUUUACCAGCUCACAAUCGACCCUAGAGAGCACAGAAGUCUGCGACCGGCGAUCCGGGUGUCUCGGAUACCAAUCGGAACCCGCUUCAGCAAGCGCCAGCAUCACCGCAAGAUCUCCUGCAAUUCACCAAUUACAUAAUACAUUCGGUCCCACUCACGUCCGGAAUAUCCCCGUACCCGGGCAGCAAACCGAAGAAGUCGCAACUGCAAAGCUUACCGCAAAUAGCACAACGAAACUCGGAACCUACAAAAAGUCGGAGCCGUGCCGUUCAGAGGUGUUAUAUUCUAUCUGUAAAGUUCACACUUGGUGGCAGUAAAGACUCCUUGAGUAUCCAAAAAUGGCAACUCAAGGUCUAUCGCAAAAUAAGCAGGAGGCGUUGAAAGAAAAAGAACUGGGCAACGCGGCAUAUAAACUUAAGGAUUUCGGAACAGCUCUCCAGCACUACCGCAGUGCGGUGACACUCGAUCCGACGGAUAUUACAUUCCACAAUAAUAUCGCUGCGGUCUACUUUGAACAGAAAGAGUUCCGAAAAUGUAUCGAAGAAUGUGAAAAGGCCGUUGAGGUUGGUCGGGAAAAUCGAGCCGAUUACAAACUGAUAGCCAAGGCCUUUACGCGUACGGGAAAUGCUUACAGGCGGUUGGAGGACUACAAGUCCGCCAAAACGUAUUUUGAAAAAUCAUUAUCCGAACACCGUACGCCCGAAGUGAAGUCCCUGUUAAGUGAUACCGAGAAGAAGAUCAAGGAAAUUGAACGUUUAGAAUAUAUCGACCCAGCAAAGGCCGAAGAAGAGAAGGAAAAAGGGAAUGAAUUCUUCAAACAGGGUGAUUACAGCACGGCCGUUAAACAUUACUCCGAGGCCAUCAAGCGCAAUCCGGAUGACGCAAAACUAUACAGCAACCGUGCCGCCUGUUACACAAAGCUAGCUGCCUUCGAUCUCGGACUUAAGGAUUGUGAAACUUGUUGCCGGUUGGAUGAAGGCUUUAUCAAGGGUUGGAUUCGCAAAGGCAAAAUCCUGCAGGUAAUGCAAAAAUCUUCGGAAGCACUGUCUGCCUACCAAAAAGCACUGGAAAUUGACCCAAACAACGCGGAAGCGCUUGAGGGCUACCGGGCUUGUACGAUGGCCGUACAUGCUGACCCGAAGGAAGUUUGGAAAAAGGCCAUGAACGACCCAGAAGUUCAACAAAUCCUCAAGGACCCUGCAAUGCGUGUUAUUCUCGAGCAGAUGCAGAGCGAUCCAAAAGCUGUGCAAGAGCAUCUGAAGAAUCCGCAAGUUGCUUCUAAAAUUCAAAAACUUCUAGAAUCGGGAAUCAUCCAGAUCUAUUAAGCUUGCUCGCUAUCUACCACAUCAGUCCGAUAAAGAACUGGAACCUUUUCAUUGCGACCAUCUCAUAUCGUCAUGAAACUAUUGUAGCGAACGUAGCGUAACAAAGGCCGUAUUCGUGACGCUAAUAGCGUCCGUUGGUAUUUAAGUGGCGGGGGAUUUGGUUGUCGCUGAAAUGUUUUCAUAAUUCUUUAGUUUUACUCUCGUUUAGCUGCGCGCUUACGACUAUUACAGUAGAGUUGUAGUGUGCCAGUUGUCCUAUUCGGUAUGCCGUUUCACGGUUGUGCGCGUCUAUUCUCGACAGUUGGGUUCCAAGCUAGCCUUGUGGCUCUUUAAAGAAAAUAUCGGGUACCCAGCUGCUUAAAACCGCGCGUGCACAAGUUGCACACCUUGUCAUUGCCUAACAACAGUUUUGGUCAAGAAAACGAUAAUCUAGGAAAAGUAAGAAGUACUAAGUAGUUCUGAAUUAAAGCAUACAAAUUGAUCACCAUGAAGUCGAAAGCGAAAGUAGUUUAGGGAUCAAAAUCGCGAAAAUAAACUAUUUGUACCAUUA